CGGAGCUGCGCGAACAUGGCCGAAGUCGGCGAGGACAGCGGGGCCCGCGCCCUGCUGGCGCUGCGCUCGGCGCCCUGCAGCCCCGUGCUGUGCGCCGCCGCCGCCGCCGCCGCCGCCUUCCCCGCCGCCGCGGCCCCCGCGGCCCCCGCGCCCGGGCCCGCCGCCCCGUCGCCGCCGCCGCCCGCCCAGCCCCCGCCGCCGCCGCCCCCGCCGCCGCCGCCGCCGCCGGGCGCGAUCGCGGGGGGCGCGGGGGCCGCGGGCGCGGGGGGCGCGGGCGGCGCGGGGGCCGCGAUCGCGGGCGGCGCGGGCGGCGCGACGGGCCCGGGCGCGGGGGCCGCGUCGGGCGAGGCCCUGGUGGCCGCGGCGGCCGCCUCGGUGCGCAGGAGCCCCGGGCCCGCGCUGGCGCGCCUCGAGGGCCGCGAGUUCGAGUUCCUCAUGCGGCAGCCCAGCGUCACCAUCGGCCGCAACUCGUCGCAGGGCUCCGUGGACCUGAGCAUGGGCCUGUCGAGCUUCAUCUCGCGGCGCCACCUGCAGCUCAGCUUCCAGGAGCCGCACUUCUACCUGCGCUGCCUCGGCAAGAACGGCGUCUUCGUGGACGGGGCCUUCCAGCGGCGCGGCGCGCCCGCCCUGCAGCUGCCCAAACAGUGCACCCUUCGGUUCCCUAGCACGGCCAUCAAGAUCCAGUUCACGUCGCUGUACCGUCAGGAGGAGGCCCCGGCGUCUCCCCUCCGGCCCCUCUACCCGCAGAUCUCCCCUCUGAAGAUUCACAUUCCGGAGCCGGAUCUCCGCAGCCUGGUCAGCCCCGUCCCUUCCCCGACCGGCACCAUCAGCGUUCCCAACUCCUGCCCGGCCAGUCCACGCGGAGCGGGGUCCUCCGGCUACCGCUUUGUUCAGAACGUGACCUCAGACCUGCAGCUGGCCGCAGAGUUUGCCGCGAAGGCCGCCUCAGAGCAGCAGGCGGACGCGUCCGGAGGGGACAGCCCUAAGGACGAGUCGAAGCCCCCGUACUCCUACGCUCAGCUGAUCGUGCAGGCCAUCUCGUCAGCGCAGGACAGGCAGCUAACACUAAGCGGCAUCUACGCCCACAUCACCAAGCAUUACCCUUACUACCGGACGGCUGACAAAGGCUGGCAGAAUUCAAUCCGACACAACCUCUCUUUGAACCGCUACUUUAUUAAAGUCCCUCGUUCCCAGGAGGAGCCUGGGAAGGGGUCUUUUUGGCGAAUAGACCCCGCCUCAGAAGCGAAGCUCGUGGAACAGGCAUUCCGGAAACGGAGGCAGAGGGGCGUCUCCUGCUUCCGCACGCCCUUCGGGCCGCUGUCGUCCAGGAGUGCUCCAGCCUCGCCCACCCACCCUGGGCUGAUGUCCCCUCGCUCUAGCGGCCUGCAGACCCCAGAGUGCCUGUCUCGAGAGGGCUCGCCCGUUCCGCACGACCCUGACUUCGGGUCAAAGUUAGCUUCUGUUCCAGAGUAUCGGUAUUCCCAAAGUGCACCCGGUUCUCCCGUCAGCGCCCAGCCGGUGAUCAUGACCGUGCCUCCCCGACCGCCCAGCCUGGUUGCCAAGCCCGUCGCCUACAUGCCCGCAUCCAUAGUGACGGCGCAGCAGCCCUCCGGCCACGCCAUCCACGUCGUGCAGCAGGCUCCCCCUGUCACCAUGCUCAGGGUGGUCACCACGUCCGCCAGCUCCGCCAACGGGUACAUCCUCGCCAGCCAGGCCUCAGCAGGAGCCGCCCACGAAGCGGCGGGCACAGCCGUGCUGGACCUGGGAAGCGAGACAAGAGGCCUGGAGGAGAAGCCCACCAUCGCCUUCGCCACCAUCCCCGCCGCUAGCCGCGUCAUCCAGACGGUAGCCAGUCAGAUGGCCCCGGGGGUCCCCGGCCACACGGUCACCAUCCUGCAGCCAGCCACUCCGGUGACCAUCGGGCAGCACCACCUACCUGUCCGGGCCGUCACUCAGAACGGGAAGCACGCGGUCCCCACCAACAGUUUAGCCGGCAGCACUUACGCCCUCACCAGCCCCCUACAACUCCUGGCGGCCCAGGCGAGCUCAUCCACACCGGUGGUGGUCACGCGGGUGUGCGAGGUGGGGCCCGAGGAGCCGGCGGCGGCCGCGGCCACCACCGCCACCGCCCCGGCCACCGCUGCCUCCGCCGCCUCUUCCACCGGGGAGCCCGAGGUCAAAAGGUCGCGCGUAGAGGAGCCCAGUGGGACUGUGACCGCGCAGGCCGGGGUGAUCACGGCCGCCGGCCCGCAGGGACCCGGAACCGGGGAGUGAAGACGCCUGCCUACGGGCCGAGUGGGACGCUCGCCGUAAGGGAUUCUGGAGCCAGGCCCUGACCGCCGACCCCCUGCCGCUUGCAGACCGCGACAAGAAGGCUCCACGGUGACCUGCGCACGUGCCAAACGGACAGGACGGUCUCGGCCUCCACCCGCACCUGGACGCACUCGUCCUCCCUGUUCUGUCUCCUGCCCCCGCUGUGGUUUAAAACAAAACACAUAAACAAGUUCAGACCGCUGAUUGUAUGAUUCGGGAAUUGUUUGUUUUUAUUUCCUUCUCUCCUGCACCGUCUUCUCUCCUGGGCCCGUGGCCGAGGGCGUGGGGGACGAGGCCGCGGCCCGGCGCCUGGAGGAACGGAUCACGGAUCACGGGCAGACUUAGCCACGAGCAGAGGCGAGGCUGCGGGAGCACCCGUGGCCCCCGGAGGCCCAGACGGAGGCCGUCGUGCGAGGGAGGGGACGGCAGCGGCACGGGUCCUCUCUGCGGCGGAUUGGGAGUGCACAGGAGAAAGGCAGGCGCUGCCAGAGCCCGGAGCGUCCCGUGGGGUUUUCUCCCUAAAGUAGCGACACGGAAAGCAUUGGCAUUAAUCUGGGGUGCGGGGCUCAGGCUUGGCUUUCUUAUUUUGUUGGAACGGUGGGAUUCAGGCUUCAUCUCAAAUCUGAGAUAAACACGAAAGGAAGCAGGUGUCUGUGAGGUCUGCGUCUGUGGACAGCGUGACGGCCGUAGGCCUGGGCUUCUUACUGGCAUUAAUCCUGUGACGAGUCAAUCCUGCCGCUCUGUCUGCUAACUCCAAGAAAGAUCGACGGCCUCCCAGACUGGCGUUCGGGGCGGAAAGCUGUGUGGGCGGGAGCGGCCGAGGGUCCUCGUCCAGAGGCCCCGAAACCGGGAAUCGGCGAGCCCUGUGUCCUCAGCGGGCCUGAGGCCCCGGUGCCUGGAUGCCGUGGGACGCACCGCGCUGGCGGGCGCCUCUCGGAUACCAUCAGCAAGUGGCGGUCGCUUUACCACCCGACACGUACCUCCUGCUGUAAGUCAGGCCGUGUCCUGUGCCCGCAGCGCCGGGGCCACACCGCCCCUGUGCUUGGCUCUUGCUGCCUCCAUCGGUCUUGCCUGCGACCUGGCCGCAUGACCAGCGAGUGAUGCCAGGCUCCCCGGGGCCGAGGCCCUGCGCUCACAGACGCCCCGUGCCUCCUGGAGCCGUCACCACAGCCGGAGGUGAGGCCGCCGCACUCCUGGUUUAUAGCCCAGUUUGGGGUCCACGUUCUAGCUCUUCAGCUCCUCUCGGAGAACAUUCUCAGGAAACGUCAAGUGGUCUGUGAAAAGCGACUCUAAACUUGGCCGGCCGCCCCAGCACUGGUUUUUCUGACGGUGGACACUGGGCCCUGCACAGAAGUCCAGCAGGAACAGUUUUUCUUCCUGGAAGUCGCCUGUCCUCAGCAUCGGUCUCCAACCAGCAAAGCUGCCUCCCCAGGCCCCCGCCCCAGCGGCAGCGACAGGGAGCGAGCUCGGCCCCUAAAGCCCCCAAGAGAAGGAGCGGGCCUGGUGGGCCGGGUCAGGCGCCAGCUCAGAGCGAAGGAGAAACCGCAGAACAGUCUCGAGGCCGUUCAGGCAAGACGGGCUUAUGUGCCAAGCGUGGCCGGGCCGUGGCCGGGGCGGGCGGACAGGCUCUGUCUCACUGCCGUGGUCGUCAGUCGCCGAGGACAAAUCCAGAGUGUCCUGCCGUCCGGCCUGUGACACCUGGUCCGACAUUCUUCAAGCCCCAAACCGCUCGUGUCUAUGGCACCAACUUCAACUGGGAGAGAAGCUCUUCUGUGAAGUCCCCACCCACUGCCUCCGGUGACACUGGGGUGGAAGUGGCCGGGCGUGCCGUCCUCGGUGAUGGGAAACCGCACUCUGUUCCGCGUUGGCGAUUUCUGCUUUAUAAACUCUGUUCUUCGCCGCA